UUUUAUUCUCUAUUCUGUGCAAAGUUUUUGUGUGUAAUUCUCCAAAUCAAUGGCAAAGUUUGUGCAAAACACUGGAAAGUACAUUGCAGAAAAGGCAGACGGAGACGACACAAACGAAAUCGGCUAUCGACAGUCGAAGGAAAAUGACAAAAUUGACCUCAAGUAUGGAUACGAUCGUGUCAAGGACACCCAAGAACGGACCGGAUAUCUGGUCAAUAUGCAUUCGACUGAAAUUUUAAAUCAGGAUCGCCGACUGGUCGCCGCUCUUGAUCUGUUCUUUCUGCAGAUGGAUGGUACCAGGUACAAAAUGACGGUUAUUUACGCACCGUAUUUACUAUUGAUCACCAGAGAAGGUCACUCGUUAGAAGUGGCAAAAUUUUUGGCCAAAAAAUACUCCGGCCAGCUGUUGAAUGUGGAACACGUCGAGCGGGAGGAUCUCGACCUACCAAAUCAUCUGAGUGGUCUGAAGCAAAAUUUGCUCAAGCUAACAUUUGCUAAUACCAGCCACAUGACUAAGGUGAAAAAGGACCUAAACGCGGCAGUCCGAAAGAACAAGGAACGUGACAAGGCAAACACCUAUUACAUGCAGAUGCUGAGCAAUUCGCUUGCUGUGGCAUCCGAAGAGACGUCCAGUGGGUCUAGUCUGAACCAGGAUUUUUAUGACAGCAUUAUUGAUAUGCGCGAACAUGACGUUCCCUAUCAUGUGCGGGUUUCGAUUGAUUUGAACAUUUUCUGUGGACAGUGGUACACGAUGCGAUGUCGGGGCGGCGAUGAACGGCCUAUUAUUACAUCCCGGCCGGAUAUAUUGGAUCGACCGGAACCGGUGGUGCUGGCAUUCGAUAUCGAAACGACGAAACUGCCGUUAAAGUUUCCGGAUGCGCAGAGCGAUCAGAUUAUGAUGAUUUCCUACAUGAUCGAUGGACAGGGGUAUUUGAUUACCAAUCGGGAGAUAAUCAGCGCUGAUGUCGAGGAUUUUGAGUACACUCCGAAGCCGGAAUUCGAGGGACAGUUUAUCGUGUUUAACGAGCCAAAUGAGAUGAGUUUGAUUCAGAGAUUUUUCGAUCAUAUUUUGGAUGUCAAGCCACACAUUUUCGUUACCUAUAACGGAGAUUUUUUCGAUUGGCCAUUUGUGGAGACCAGAGCGGCAGUGUACGAUUUGGACAUGAAACGUGAGAUUGGAUUUUCAAAGGUGAACGCCCGGGAUGGCAACUAUUUGUGCCGACCGGCGAUGCAUAUGGAUUGCUUGUGCUGGGUGAAGCGUGACUCGUACUUGCCGGUCGGGUCGCACGGGCUGAAAGCGGUCGCCAAGAGCAAACUGCGGUACGAUCCGGUUGAGCUGGACCCGGAGGAGAUGUGCAAGAUGGCCGUCGAGCAACCGCAGGUUCUCUCCAACUACUCGGUGUCGGAUGCGGUGGCCACCUACUAUUUGUACAUGAAAUACGUUCAUCCGUUCAUUUUUGCGCUGGCAACGAUUAUUCCGAUGGAACCGGAUGAAAUUUUGCGGAAAGGUUCGGGAACGCUUUGCGAAAUGCUGCUGAUGAAGGAAGCCUACGGCGUUCGGAUUGUGUUUCCGAACAAGCAAAUGUCGGAGUUGAAUAAACUGACGCCCGACGGGCACGUGUUGGACUCGGAAACCUACGUCGGUGGUCAUGUGGAAGCGCUGGAAUCGGGCGUAUUCCGGGCGGAUAUUUCCACUCGGUUCCGUUUGGAUCAGGACAUGCUGAUGCAGUUGCAGCGGAAUGUGGAGAAGGUGUUGGAACAUGCGAUCGUAACCGAGGAGGGGGUUCCACUGGAAAAGGUAACCAAUUUGGAGGAAGUAACGGAACAGAUUAAGGCCGCCUUACAGCAGCUGCACGAUACUCCCACGCGAAUCGAGCAACCGGUGAUCUACCAUCUGGACGUUGGAGCGAUGUAUCCGAAUAUUAUUCUGACCAAUCGAUUGCAGCCUUCGUCGAUGGUCUCGGAGACGGAUUGUGCGGCUUGCGAAUACAAUCGACCGGAUGCUAGGUGUAAGCGUAAUAUGGAGUGGAUGUGGCGCGGUGAGAUGUUGCCAGCAACCAGGAACGAGUUUCAGCGUAUUCAACAGCAGCUGGAAACGGAGAAGUUUCCUCCACUUUUUCCCGGAGGUCCGCCGCGAGCCUUUCACGAACUGUCGAAAGAGGAUCAAGCAAAUUACGAAAAGAAACGGUUGAGCGAUUACUGCCGCAAGGCAUACAAGAAGACGAAGAUUACGAGCCUGGAGACAAGGACUUCAACGAUUUGCCAGAAAGAGAACAGUUUUUACGUGGAUACGGUGAGAGCCUUUCGCGAUCGACGUUACGAGUAUAAAGCGUUGACGAAGGUUGCGAAAGCGGCAGUAAGUGCCGCUCUGAAGAGCGGCGAUGCUGGAGAAAUUAAAGCCGCCAAAGGUCGGGAAGUGCUGUAUGAUUCGCUGCAACUUGCUCAUAAAUGUAUUUUGAAUUCUUUCUACGGGUAUGUGAUGCGGAAGGGUGCUCGUUGGCACAGCAUGUCCAUGGCUGGCAUUGUGUGCUUGACGGGAGCGAAUAUCAUUACGAAAGCUCGGGAGAUUAUCGAACGAGUUGGUCGUCCGCUGGAGCUGGACACCGAUGGAAUUUGGUGUAUUCUGCCGGCUUCGUUUCCGCAGGAGUUUACCGUGCUUUCUACUCAUGAGAAGAAAAAGAAGAUAAAUGUGUCCUACCCGAAUGCGGUGCUGAAUACGAUGGUGAAGGAUUACUUCACCAACGACCAGUACCAUGUACUGGAGAAACCGCACGAGCCGGGCAGUUCGGCCGAAUAUUCGAUUAAAGACGAAAAUUCAAUUUUCUUCGAGGUGGAUGGUCCUUAUUUGGCUAUGGUUCUGCCGGCGGCUAAAGAGGAGGGCAAAAAGUUGAAGAAACGUUACGCGGUUUUUAAUUUCGAUGGUUCCUUGGCGGAAUUGAAGGGAUUCGAGGUUAAGCGUCGUGGUGAGUUGCAGUUGAUUAAGAUUUUUCAAAGUUCGGUCUUUGAAGCGUUUCUGCAGGGUUCCACUCUGGAACAGUGCUACGCUUCGGUCGCGAAAAUUGCAGAUUACUGGCUGGACGUGCUGUACAGUAAGGGUCAUAAUAUGCCCGACAGCGAGCUGUUCGAGUUGAUUUCGGAAAAUCGCUCGAUGUCGCGCAAAUUGGAGGAUUAUGGAGAGCAGAAAUCGACUUCGAUUUCGACCGCAAAGCGAUUGGCGGAGUUUCUCGGGGAUCAGAUGGUAAAGGAUGCCGGUUUGGCUUGUAAGUUUAUCAUUUCGAAGAAACCGGACGGGGCGCCUGUAACGGAGCGUGCAAUUCCGCUGGCUAUCUUUCAAUCGGAACCGAGCGUCAGGAGGCACUACCUGCGACGAUGGUUGAAGGACAACACGAUGGGUGACGCAGAUAUACGGGACGUACUCGAUUGGCAGUAUUAUAUUGAGAGAUUGGGAGGAACGAUCCAGAAGAUCAUCACCAUACCGGCUGCUUUACAGGGAUUGAAUAAUCCAGUUCCAAGAGUGCAACAUCCGGACUGGCUGCAUAAGAAGAUGCUGGAAAAGAAUGACACUUUGAAGCAACGGCGAAUCAGUGAAAUGUUCACAGUAAAAGAGAAACCGACAAUCGCAGAUAUCGAAGACUUUGGUCCUCGCUCCAGAUCACCUAGCGUCGGACCUAACCUUCCGGUAGUAAAUUCAAAACGACGACGAACGCCCUCCCAUGAAGCAGACUCCUCGCCAUCGGCUCCAGAGCCAAAAACCUGGCGCGAAGCACUCGGGGCCCCACCUCCUACGGGGGACACCAACCAAGAACUCCAGGCAUGGCUAGCAUAUCACAAGAAAAAGUGGAAAUGGCAACUUGCGCAACGUAGCAAAUUCCGAGACCCCAAAAGCAAGCGAUCACGAAUGAACGACGAUAAUCAACCUUCCAGUUCUUCAGCUUCGGCUCGCCCUGUCACGACGUUGGGUGGCUUUCUGAGAAAAACUCAGCGAUCCCUAAUCGAACAAACGUGGCAAGUGAUUCAGAUUAUCGCCAACGAUGAUAUGGGUCACUUCAACAUAUGGGCGAUGGUCGGCGAAGAACUGCACAAAAUCAAACUAACUGUACCGAGGAUCUUCUACGUAAACCAGCGAACUCCGGCUCCACCCGAGGAAGGCUCCAUGUGGAAAAAGGUUCACCGAAUUCUGCCGCGAGCCCGUCCCGUUUACCACCUCUAUCAGUACGUCGUUCCGGAGCAAGUUUUCCGAGACAACCGCCUAGGAAUGCUGGCCGAUCUGGCGACGCCGGAUAUCGAAGGCAUCUACGAAACUCAGCUGUCGCUAGAAUUUCGCGCACUAAUGGAACUGGGUUGUCUCUGCGCCGUCCAGCGUUCGGAAGCCAGAACUCUGGCAACCCUAGCCACCAAAGACCUCGACUCGUUCAACAUCCAACAGCUCGAAAUGCGAAGUUACUCGCACACUCCCUACCUGAAAAACGGCGCCAACUUACGUAAAAUUUUCCUCUACCAGCACAGCAUCCCAUCAGGAAAACGUGAAAUGUGGGGUCUCUUCAUGGGCCCCAGCAAGAAAGCCCUGCUAAUAAUUCUGGACACCGUCCGCAGCAAUCAGCUGCCCACCCUAAAAUCCCUCUACACGUCGGAACGUUUGGCACUUCUAAAAUCCAACAGCGAAAACUUCACCGAGGAAAAUCUGCCCCCAUCCGAUAUGACCUUCGAGGCGUACAUGGAAGUGGACAGCAAGCAAGUGUACCAACGCCUUUCGCGCGCCCUCACCACCUACAAGGACGAAAAGCGCGGUCCAACCGUUCUGUGCGUUCAAACCGCUCUCGGGCUGCAGAAACUAAACCAACUGUUGCCGGCCUGUCUGGAGUUUCCCGAAUCGCACAUCCACAUCGCCGACGAUGCCUCCCUGCUGUCCGGGCUCGAUUGGCAACGGCAUGGGGCUCGUUCGAUGGUCCGCCAUUUCCUCAACCUAAACCACGUGUUCGAUUUGAUGCUCGAUCAGUGCCGCUACUUCCAUCUGCCGGUGGGCAACAUGCCUUCCGAUACGGUGCUCUUCGGGGCGGAUCUAUUCUACGCGCGUCACCUGCAGAAGCACAACUUUAUCCUUUGGUGUUCGCCCGGGUCACGGCCCGAUCUUGGAGGACGUGAAGGCGACGACAGUCGGCUGUUAGCCGAAUUCGAAGACACUAUUUCGGUCGUUCAGAAUCGGCCAGGUUUCCAUGAUAGUGUCUGUGUCGAGUUAAGCAUUGAAAGUUUGGCCGUUUCAGCACUGCUGCAAGCGAGUAAGGUUCAGGAGAUGGAAGGUGCAUCGUCUGCGAUCACGUUCGACGUUAUUCCGCAGGCUUCGCUGGACGAUAUGAUCAGCAACCAGGGCGUUCAGACGUUACCGAGCUACGACGAAACGGCCCUGUGCUCGCAAGCUUUCCGCGUGAUGCGAUUGAUGGUGAACGGUUGGCUGCGAGAGGUGUCCAUCAAUCGGAACAUUUUCUCCGAUUUUCAAAUCAUACACUUCUACCGCUGGGUGCGUUCGACCAAAGCACUGCUCUACGAUCCGGCGUUGCGACGUGCUCUGAACACGCUGAUGAGGAAACUGUUUCUGCAAAUUAUCGCUGAGUUUCAGCGACUGAAGGCGGAGAUCGUUUACGCGGACUUCAAUCGGAUUGUGAUCAACACGGCCAAGAAGACCGUGAUCGAUGCGAUCGCCUAUACGGACUACGUUGUGCAAAGCAUUCGAAAUAAGGAGCUGUUUCAUAGCGUGCUCUUGUCCUACCAACAGUCUUGGGUGUUUUUGCUUUGGAUAGAUUCGGCCAAUUUCGGUGGUAUUCGGGGCAACAUUCCCAAAGAGCUUAACGAUGAAGAGCCAGCGACAGAAGAUGAGGAGGAACUUUCGCUGGAGAUGAACUUUAACAUGGCCGAACUGCUGCCGGAAGAGAACCGAUGCCGGGAGUACUUUGACAAAUUUUUGGUUUUAUAUUUGGAAUCCCUAGCCCAAGGCGUUCCCGGCGCAAGAGCCCUCAAGAAACAGUCACACGUUGCGUACGAAAUGGUACAGAAGAUGCACAAAAACUACGGCCGAGGCAAGGAAGGUCCGGCUCUGGAAUUCGUCAAAGCGCUAUGCAAAGUUCUAGGCGUUAAAAAGGACAUCGAAGAAGAGUUGACAACUCUUCGGCGAAACAUGCUGCUGCUAAUCGGAAUCGGCGAUUUCAGUGACAAAGCCGUCUGGAAGGACCCGUUAAAAUCGUACGUGCUGAAUGAAGUGAUCUGCAAGGCGUGCAACCAUUGUCGCGAUUUGGAUCUAUGCAAGGACAACUAUCGCGCCCUCAAGGAUGGCCGUCCGGUGUGGCUGUGUGCUCAGUGUAAUGUAGACUACGAUAGCGUGGACAUCGAGAUGCGUUUGCUGGAUGCGGUCCAACGAAAGAUAAUGUCCUACACCUUGCAGGAUUUACGUUGUGGUCGCUGUAAACAAAUCAAGCGAGAAAAUUUGGCAGAAUUUUGCACCUGCGCGGGCAGUUUUGAGAAUUUAAUUUCCUCCGAAGAGGUUAGACGGUUGCUGACGACGUUUCAAAAGGUAGCCGAUGACUAUCAGAUGCCUUUGCUGAAGGAAACCAUCGAACAUCUACUGAAUACCUGUUAA